AUAUUGAGUCAAACAAACAAACAAACAGUGAAUCAGUGAAUAAUAAUAAUACAGAAGUCAUAUGUUUUUUCAACAUUUGUGUCAAACAAUGUAAAUGUGUUUUUCAAUCGACAGUUGAAUGUCAUCUAAAUUGUUACCGAUUUAUGGUAUGAAGAGAUGUCCGUCUCAUUGAUUUCAUUAAGACUUGAAUUGCACGACGACUACGACAUCUCAACGGAUAUCCAAUUCAAAGCUUCAAAGUUUGCCAAUAAAUCCAUGUCUGUGGACAACAAUAAUAUUAACAGCUUAUUAAGUACAUCACCGAAGUCAUUGGUUACCAGUGUUGUUGGCGAUCAUUCAGCGGCCACUGCCGUCGGCAAUGAUCAGUCUGUUAGCAAUCAAAAACCGAAACACAGAGGCAGUCGUGAAUUGCACGACAUUUCCAUCGAGUCGUACAAUAACGAGCCGAAAAUGAUGUCCAGACAGACAUCGAUGAUGUCGUCGACGUCUAGUAAAGAGUCGACGCCCGAAGUGACAAUCGACGGAGCCGUUGGUUUGCCAGUUGGCGAUCGGAAAUCAUUGUCGUCGAUUGCAUCGCUCAAUCAGAUCCAGUUUUAUUCUGGCAAUCAUUUUGUGGAAGUGACAAAAGGUAUUCUUCAUUUAUAUAAGGAAAACAAAAUGACUCCAUUGAGUGAAGAGUCGGAAAGAAGCGAAAUGGUAUGUAUUUUGUCAGUUCCGGCGACAAUGACCAUACAUGACGUACUACAGUUCACGGCGGCCGUCAAUUCAGACAUCAAACACAUACGGAUUAUUCGCGACAAUAAACCCAAUCAAUACAUGGUUUUGAUUAAGUUCUCUAAUCAAAGAAGUGCCGAUGAAUUUUACAACGCCUUCAAUGGCGUCCCAUUUAACUCAAUUGAACCCGACAUCUGUCACAUAGUGUUUGUGGCUCACAUCGAUACUAUUAAAGAAUCUGAAGAAUCAGUUCUAACAGUGGCCGGAUUUACCGAACUGCCCACUUGUCCCGUUUGUCUCGAACGUAUGGACGAAUCAGUGGAGGGUAUACUCACUAUUCUGUGUAAUCAUUCCUUUCAUAGCGGAUGUCUGGACAAGUGGGGCGACAGUAGUUGUCCGGUGUGUCGAUACUGUCAAACACCGGAACUCAUACCCGACAAUCGAUGCUCUGAAUGCGGUUCACAGGCCUCACAACAGGACACACUUUGGAUUUGUUUGAUUUGCGGCCACAUUGGUUGCGGCCGCUAUAACGAAGGUCACGCCUAUAAACACUAUCAGGAAACUCAGCACACGUAUGCCAUGCAAUUGGGAUCAAAUAACCGGGUCUGGGAUUAUGCCGGCGAUAAUUAUGUCCAUCGAUUGUUGCAAAACAAAGACGGAAAACCUGUAGAAGUGGAGUGCAAUCAGUUUAAUAGCGACGAAAAGAUUGAUUCGGUUCAGUUAGAGUACACCUAUUUGUUGACCAACCAAUUGGAGGCUCAACGACACUAUUUCGAAGAAACAUUGAAUCGGAUUGAAACAGACGCUCACCGACAGAUCGACGAAGUAAUUGAAAAGAAUAAGAUUAUAUGUGAAGAACGGGAUGAACUGCGAGAGAAAUUGACAAUAAUUACAAAAGAGAAGCAAAGUUUAGAUAAAAAAGUUGUUAAUUUGUCGACCAAACUGAACAAACUUCAGACAGAACUGAAAGAGGAAAAAGAAUUGAAUGCUUGUCUUCGGGAAAAUCAAAUGGGAUGGCAAUCGAGAAUUACUGAAACCGAAGUACAGCUCAAAGAGCUUAAGGAUAGUAAAGAUAAAGAGCUAAAGGAUUUACAGGAACAGGUCAGGGAUCUGAUGUUUUUUUUGGAAACACAAGAAAAGUUGAAGACAGUAUCAGAUGAAACACGCGAUGAGAUUGCCGGCGGACAUAUCGUUGUCCAGACACCGCCCAACAAUGAGAGCUCCGGUAGCUCUACGCGACCCAAAUCUAAGGGCAGAAAACAUCAGAUCAACGCCAGCGAAGAGGUGACACUUUAUUUAAGCCAAAUGUCAAACUCAAGCAUAAGAAGCAGUGAGUCUGAAGACGGAGAGAUUGAUCGCUACAAUAGAUAUAACAAGAGAUUUACGAAAGAGAGAGACCAUCGACGCGGUUAUCGGGACGAAGAAAGACCAUAUAAACGAAGACAUAGAGAGCGUACACCAGAAGAAGAGUUUAUUCCAGUGUCCGAUGAGGAACACAACUCGUCAGUUGGCGAGGAGUUAGAAGAAGAGUAUGAGUAUGAAGAAGAAGACGAUGUCUUAGACGAGACUCAUGAGGAAGGACUAGAGAUUAAGCCGCCACAGCAUAGGGUCAGUCAUUCAUCAUCAUCGAGACAUCGGGAGUCAUACCGGGACGACAAGUCGUCGUCGUCAGUAUCGCAUCGAUUGCCGAAAGAAUCGCCGCUUAAACAACAUAAAGACAAAGACAGACAUCGCAGCAGAUAUCAAGAGACUACUAAUAAAAGUAGUGGCAGUAAAAGUGGUGAUGACUAUAGCAGACACCGACAACGGGAUGAAGACAUUGAUAUUGAAAUAAGUGGAACAUCGAGUAGAAGCAAAAGUUUAGAGAAACCAUCAAAACGAUGGAUGGUUUUGGAUGAAGAACGUGCUUCCAGUGAGAAUAAGAGAAGUGCUGGUAAUAAAUGGAAUAAAAUGAAAGGCAAUGAACAGCAACAGACAUCUUCUUCAUCGUCAUCUCAUCGGUUAUCGCACAGACAUUCACAUUCACACCAUCAUCACAGAGAUAAAGAAUUUGUCAGCUCAUCCGAUAGGGAUAGAUAUCGUAAGACGUCGCCUAAAAUUGACGAUAAAAAUGAUGAAAUAGUAGCAACAGAAACGGCAACUGUUUCGUCGUCGACAUCAAAACAAUUGGCAAAGAAGUACAAAGCGAUGAUCGAAGUACAAGAAGUCGAAAUGAGUGAAGAGGAAAUUGUUAGCGAAGAACAGAAUACGAACUCUGAGAGAAGCAAUGAUAGGACAAAAUCAGAUGUAAGUGAUCACAAUAGAGCUGAUCUGUAUGAAGAUAUAGAUGAUGACGAUGUUAAUGAUGAUAUUGAUGAUCAAGAAGAAGAAGAAGAAGAAGUAGUAGUAGAAACAGUAACUGACAAUAAAGUUAAUGAAAAUCCAAGAAUAGUCAUCGAAGAAGAAGUUGUCUAUUAUUCUGAAUCAAAUGCUGUCAAUAAUUCCAGAAAUUGUGAUGAUUUGACGCCAAACAAUGGUGUAGUGGGCAGAGAUGAUUUGCCCGACUAUUUCCCAGCUAUACAGGGUUGUCGAAGUGUCGAAGAGUUUCAAUGUAUAAAUCGUAUCGAAGAGGGAACCUAUGGUGUAGUUUAUAGGGCCAGAGAUAAGAGAACUAAUGAAACGGUUGCACUCAAGAGAUUGAAGAUGGAGAAAGAAAAAGAAGGUUUUCCCAUCACUUCUUUGCGUGAGAUCAGUACACUAUUGAAAGCACAGCACGAAAACAUUGUUACUGUUAGGGAAAUAGUGGUCGGAUCUAAUAUGGAUAAGAUUUAUAUAGUAAUGGAAUUUGUUGAACACGAUCUCAAAAGUUUGAUGGAAACUAUGAAACAGCCGUUCCUUUUGGGUGAAGUCAAGACACUGAUGCAGCAGCUGUUGCGAGCUGUUGCCCAUCUGCACGACAAUUGGAUUCUGCAUCGCGAUCUCAAGACAUCCAAUUUGUUGCUCAGUCAUCGGGGUAUUCUUAAAGUGGGUGACUUUGGUUUGGCCCGCGAAUACGGUUCACCACUCAAGCCGUACACACCGAUUGUUGUGACGCUCUGGUAUCGGGCACCGGAACUACUGCUUCAAACAAAACAGUAUUCCUAUCCGAUAGACAUUUGGUCGGUUGGCUGUAUUUUUGGUGAACUAUUAACAAUGAAACCAUUAUUUCCGGGAAAGUCAGAGAUUGAUCAGUUGAAUGCCAUAUUCAAAGACUUGGGAACACCUAACGACAAGAUAUGGCCAAACUAUUCUGAUCUACCACUUGUCAAAAAAGUCAAUUUUGCUAAUCAUCCGUACAAUAAUAUGCACAACCGUUUGAAUCAAAAGCUAACAAAAUUAGGUUUCGAUUUAUUAAACCGUUUUUUAACCUACUGUCCCGAUAGGCGUAUUACAGCCGAGGAUGCACUUAAACAUGAUUUUUUUAAGGAAAGUCCACUACCAGUUGAUCCGUCAAUGUUUCCGACGUGGCCGGCAAAAAGUGAACAAUCGGCAAACGCCGGUGUCCGUAAAGCCCAUAGUCCGAAACCGCCGAGCGGUGGCAAACAAUUUGCUAAACAACUGGGCGAUGAUGGCUACGAAAAGUUGAUGGUUACCGACAGCAACAGCCAAGGUUUUCAUAUGACUCUACCGGAUCACGGAAAAGCUUCAAAGGGCGGCGGAUUUAGCCUCCGGUUUUGAGAAUUGAAGGAAAAAAUUAUUAAAAUAUUAAUAUUUCGGGAAAAUUUUCAAUCAUUUGUAUAUAGAAAUUAUCUAUU